CAGCCGCAAAGUCAUUGUCCAUGAUGCAUCCAGAGCGUUAGCAUCAACUUUCGUUUCUUUCACUGCUCGCUUAUCUCAGUUUCAGCGUUUGGUGGUGCGUUAAAAGUACUGUUGCUUCUUUGUUGCUACUUUUCUCCGUAAGUGCUUCGGUGACACCGUUUCGGAAGGAUAAACGUUUAACUAUAAUCUUCCUGAUCUGGUUAUUGUGCGAACCCAUUGUGUAUGACGUUAAUCGUUAAUUAUACCCAGUGACAGAAAACUGUUCAUCAUCCAAGAAGGCGCGCUGCUUGCGGGAAGAUCAAUUUACAUCAAAUACCGUUACAGAUUCCAGGCAGUAGGCCUGGUGAAAAGAAAACUAACGGGUGAAACAGUGCUGUAGCUGCUGAAGAAAAUUGCAAAAGCAUUAGUUUUUCGCAUCGAAGAACGGGUUACAAGAAAGACAACCAGCAAGAAUUUGCGGUGAAUUGUGCAUAGUGAUUGGAUAAAAAAAAUCGGAAACACAUUUACGAAAGCUGAAGAUUUCUCCUACAUUUGUUAUGAAAACGCGCAUAUCCAGGGAUAUGAUAGCAUCAUUUUUACUGCUAUGCCUGGCAGUAAAUUUUGCUGCCGGGCGAAUAGCAUUUGAAAAGUUGACGGAUUUUGACUUCCAAGGAACAACUUAUUACAGUGUGAAAAACCUUUCGCUAUACGAGUGCCAAGGAUGGUGUCGCGAAGAACCCGAUUGCCAAGCAGCCGCCUUCAGUUUUGUUGUCAAUCCUUUAACGCCAGCGCAGGAAACACUAUGUCAGCUGCAAAAUGUCACGGCUGCCAAUAAUCCUGCGAGUACACCACAGCGAUCAUCCAGCAUGUACUACAUGGUGAAACUGCAGCUUCGAUCAGAGAACGCAUGCCAGAGGCCUUGGAACUUUGAGCGAGUGCCAAACAAAAUCAUUCGUGGUCUGGACAAUGCCCUGAUUUACACCAGCACAAAGGAAGCCUGCCUUUCCGCUUGUUUGAAUGAAAAACGGUUUAUUUGCCGUUCCGUUGAGUACGAUUACAACAACAUGAAAUGCGUAUUGAGUGACUCCGAUAGGAGAACAACUGGACAAUUGGUUCAACUGGUUGAUGCCCAAGGCGUUGACUAUUUCGAGAAUCUUUGUUUGAAACCAGGCCAAGCGUGCAAAUUCACCAGGGGCUUCCAGCUUCCACGCACGGGCGUUUCAGAAGAUAAGGUCUCCCAAUAUGUGGGUCUACAUUACUACACCGACAAGGAACUGCAAGUCACUUCGGAUUCGGCAUGCAAAUUAGCUUGUGAAAUUGAAACGGAGUUCCUCUGUCGGUCGUUCCUGUACAUGGGACAGCCAAUUGGGUCGCAGUACAAUUGCCGCCUCUAUCACCUCGAUCACAAAUCGCUGCCCGAUGGACCCUCGACGUACUUGAAUGGAGAACGACCAUUGAUCGAUGUCGGAGAACCCUCAGGAGUGUACUAUGAAAACUCAUGUGAAAAGGCUGGACCUGGAGAGAACACAUUGCCUGUGGUAUUCGACGCCGCAGAAGACCACUCAAUCAACAACCUGACCAGAAACGAUGCUAACUGUGAUAAAACGGGAACCUGCUAUGAUGUAUCUGUACACUGCAAAGACACGCGCAUUGCUGUGCAAGUGCGCACCAACAAGCCAUUCAAUGGACGUAUCUAUGCUCUGGGACGAUCCGAAACGUGCAACAUCGAUGUGAUCAAUUCGGAUUCCUUCCGGUUGGAUCUCACGAUGGGAGGACAGGACUGCAAUACGCAGAGUGCCACCGGCAUCUACAGUAAUACGGUGGUUUUACAACACCACUCAGUCGUUAUGACCAAGGCGGAUAAGAUCUACAAGGUGAAGUGUACCUACGAUAUGAGCUCUAAGAACAUCUCCUUCGGAAUGCUACCGAUUCGGGAUCCAGAAAUGAUCCACAUCAACUCAUCGCCAGAAGCGCCACCACCAAGGAUCCGCAUUCUGGACGCCAGAACUCGCGAAGUGGAAACUGUGCGUAUUGGAGAUCGUCUAACAUUCCGUAUUGAAAUUCCAGAGGACACUCCUUACGGUAUCUUUGCCCGGUCUUGCGUUGCCAUGGCCAAGGACUCCAAGAGUACAUUCCAAAUCAUCGACGACGAUGGAUGUCCAGUGGACCCGAGCAUUUUCCCCGCAUUUACUCAGGAUGGAAAUGCCCUGCAGUCGAUAUACGAAGCGUUCAGGUUCACCGAGAGCUAUGGCGUGAUCUUCCAGUGCAACGUCAAAUACUGUUUGGGCCCGUGCGAACCAGCCGUGUGUGAAUGGGGAAGAGAUUCAGUAGAGUCCUGGGGCAGAAAGCGUCGUUCCGUGACAAGAAAUGAAACCACCACGGAAGAAGAGGAAGAAGAAAUGAACAUCUCGCAGGAAAUUUUGGUUCUCGACUUUGGAGAUGAAAAGAACCGCGACUUCCUGAGAAGUGAAGCCAGCACGGAGUAUGGUAGAGAUAAAACCGUCACCAUUAUCGAACCGUGCCCGACCAAAACCUCGGUAUUAGCGCUGGCCGUGACGUGCUCUCUAAUGGUUUUAGUUUAUAUGUCGACUCUGUUCUGCUACUACAUGAAAAAGUGGAUCCAACCACACAAAGUCAUGGCUUAGGAUGGCGAAGGCGACCGGCAAUAACGAUGUCAAUCACUCAGCAUUAGCCUAAUUUAUUUAUUGUGCUGUACUAGUUUGAUAAGAGCGAGUUCUUCUCCCCGAUAAGGAAAAAAAUCAGAUGACAAAAAAAGCGCUCUGUGAAUCAAAACUGACAAGGGAGUAGGGCCAACAAAAUUAUCGAAGCGAUUAUUUAUUUAGAUAAUUACGAGCAGUGAAUUGUUUAAUUCACCUCAAAAGUUGUUUAUAAGUAUUUAUUGGGACUGUGACGGACGAUCAUACUGCAGACUUAAGAGUAGUUACAGCAAGCAUUUUAAAAUAAAGUGCUUCGCAUACUCGCCUAUACAACGAACUUUGCUACGACUGAAAUAUUAUGUCAAAGUUAAUCGGAAAAAAGAAUAAAUGGACAAUCUAUGAAUGUAUGUUGGUAUAAAUUAUAUAUAUGGAAAGAUGGAUAUAUUUGAUGUAUACUAAUGUAAACGUCUUAAACUCUGAUCUACUAGAAAAGUUGAUCGAAAACGAUGUCACCGGUAUGAAAGUAGUUCUCUUUUUACGAAAAACCGGUUUAUCUCAUAAGUGCCACAACAGGGAUGAUUUGCUUAGUAUCUCGAGAACCACCACAAGUGAGCAUAAAUAGCGAUUCUAUGUUCUAAUUAGAAUGGUCAUAAAAUUAUUAACAUAAUAGUAUUUAUCCAUAUACAGCAGGACGGAUUAAAACUCAUAUAAAAAAUAAAUUCCUCGAUCAACAAAAAUAAUUUCCAAAAUUACAGUUCACUUGUCCUUGAUUUACACCAGGCAAUGAUAUGUUUGCUUCGAAUCACUUGCAAGCAUGAUAUCGUUUUCACUAAGGAACUAAUAUUUCUUAAAUAUUGUUGAACCUUAUCGAGAAAAGGAAAAUGAAAGUAGCAUUUAAAUUUCACAAAAAUGUACUGCCUCAAAUCUAAAAAAAGUAUAAAACUUCUUUAGUAAUAAUUUACAUCCUAAAAACAGAAUCUUAAUAAUUGCAAUUGAUAUACAAAACGAACAGCGUGGUAGUUAAGGUUCCCGAUAUUUAAGAAUAUUUGUAAAAGAGCGUAGAAAAGCGAUCGUCGAGAAGAUGGCUCUUUCUAUUGGGUUAAUCAUUGUUUGGUAGAUUGCACUACAUAACGGAUUUCUGUAGGAAAAAAGUACGAAAACAUAACGCCUACUGAAGCGUACAGCAUAUGUACAGCAAUGACGAAACUGACAAUUUGUAACCCACAUAGAGAUUGCGUGUCAUUUAGGAUAGUAAUUUAUUUUAAACCCAUAGUUAAUUCACAGCCACACAAACAGUAUCGGUCGAACUUUAUCAGGAAUAGUUCCGAUUCAAACAUUAUCAUCGUAUUUAUUUUAAAUCAUUGACAUCAUCACCAUCUAGUACAUUAAGAUCAUUUUUAAUAAUACAACGACGAAAAAGCAAAUGCAAAAUCCUGCCCGUUAGAAUUUAAUGGAAAAUCUUUACUCUUACUCAAUGACUUUUUGAUAGUAAUAAAUUUUUAUGCAACGUA